GCAUGUCGUGGUAAUCGACCGCUCAUUUUUCGCUUGUUUUGUUCUAGCCGCUAUUUCUUGCCACCGAUUCCAACUCCACCUCUCGCGCAUGGCCAGCGCAAGAGCUGCACCACGGCACCAAUGGAUCACACUGCCUCACAUCACCUGCCCCCCGACGUCGGCAGCUUCUCCUACAGCUGGCCGACCAGCAAACCGAACCCGCAGCUCGAGGAGCGCACAAACCACGGCGACAUCGCCGCCUUCAUCGAGAUGGACCCCUCGUCGUCGACGCAGUGCAGCUUUGACUUCCGGCUACCAAGCUCCGAGCAGACCGCGGGGAUGGUCGAUGCCGACCAGAUGUUCCUCAACGGCCUGCUCCUUCCACUGCAACUUGUGGGCUAUGGAGGCGAGGAAGACGGCGACGGCAGCCGUAAGCGACCGGUGCACCUGCGGUCGCUCUCGCUGGACUCGUCCCAGAGGAUGAUCGUCUCCGCGAGCAAGCGGCACCGGGCGACCCGGGCGGCGUCACUGAACUCUUCUCCUUCGGCUGUCCGUGGCGACACGGUAACCCCCGCGAGAUCGUCGGCCGUGUCGAGGGGCGCCGUGUUCAGGGCAUGCAAGCUCAGGCUGCCGUCGUUUGGGAGGUCACGCAGGAAGCAACACAAGUGGAUUUCAUCCAAGUACCUAAAGUUUUUGGUGCCUUUGUAUGAGAGGAUAGUGGGAUGCGUCUGGAGGAGGAAGGCGAAGGAGAAGGCGAAGGAUGCUCCUCACCGUGCUGAGUUCUGCAACGGUAAGGUACGUGAUCUGGGUAAAGAGAAUGCCAUCAGGGACGCCAUUCUCCAUUGUAAGAGAUCCCUGUAGGUCAUAAACACCGAAGCAUUUACAAGGCAUGUUAAGCUCUAGUGUCGUAUCUUUUCUUUAAAGAGAUGCAUGUUUAGCUUAAAGUCCUGGAUUAGUGGUGCGCUAGUGUCUAGAUGUCCGAUCAAGGGAAACGAUAGCACGCAUCUGCGGGGUCCGACCAUCAUCAGUCCUCCAAUCUGGCACAAACAUGAAUCGCUACCAAGAGAAGUGAAGACCAUCUCAAUGCAUAAAAAACACAACAGAAUGAGAACAAGUGCAGCAAACCAUCAACACUGCUGCGACCAAAACCGAUGACCGCAAAAGUUCAAACAUUCUGCUACAUGGAUGGCCGGCCAGUAAGAUGGCGCGUGACAACAAAUGUUUUUUUGCAUGAUUGCUUUCAGCUCGAUCUAAAUUUCAAGAUCAAACUGGAGACUGACCCAGUGUUGA